CACGUGUCGAUGUAAACAAACCUCAAUUUUGUUUACCUGCAAGGGUGUCCUGCCGUCUUCUCGCUUCACGUUAAAUAUUCAUAGUUUUUGGGGCCGUAGAUGUAACACUAUAAGAUAUGUGUACGUUGAAGAUGUCUGGGUUAUUGAUAAAAUGGCUGGUGAUAUUAUGAUUUGCUGAAAUGGAGGAAGAAGAGAUGAUAGUAUUAUAGUUAGAAUAUAUACACCCUUUUAACCAUAAACCAAAGAAAUGGACAAGAGAUACAGAAUACUCCUACAUUCUGAGAAGAACAUUGCCUCCAUAGAGACCAUACCCACGGAAUCACUUGGGCAAAAGUGUGUGGUCAGUCAUAUAGCUCCGAAUAUAGAAACACCUUCGGGAGCACUUUCCCGGGGUGAUGAAGACAUGAGGGACCAGAUAAAAGAGGUGAAUACUCUUAGUAAGGAACCCAGUCUUCUACAAGGCAUAGCUAAUGAUGGAGGUUCUAAUGGUGUGUUGAGACUCAUGAAGAACCCAGUUACUGGUAAAUUAUCUCUGAUGUGCCAUUCUGUGGUUUGUGCACCCAAAAGCAGUAUAGAUAUAGAGAAGAAUAGCAAGGAAGCUAGUACGUUAGGGAUAUCUGUGCCAAAUGGAGGCCCACAGAGUGACCUGCCAUCUGUGGGGAGACUCAAGACCAAGAGGGGACGGGGUCGCCCUCGGAAAGACAGGACAACAGAGGUCAAAGAGGAAGAGGAGGAGGAGGAAGAGGAAAAGUUUCACACAUGUACAAGAGUUAUCCAGACCAACAGCAGGACAGUCUACCUGAAGGGAGAGUGUGACUGCCUAGAAGAGCAGAUAAAUAAUGAGGAAGAGAGUGAUGUUGAAGAGAAGGAUGUAGUACCUGAGAAUAUCAUUAAUAGAACAAGUGCAAAUAAGAGGAAAAACUUUGAAGGCAAUAUAGAUAUAAGGGAGUAUGUAUCAGCAUCUUCACGGAUAAGGGACCCUUAUAGACCUUGGCGGAAGAACUACGACGUAGUUGAUGGGAAGGAAGUUCUUCCUGAGUACAAGAUCCAGGCAAUUGAACGCAACAAACGGCAAAAGGAAAUGAGACUAAACCAGAGGCAUAGUGUCUUCCGCACAUGGGAGAGUGUCCUUGCAUGUAAAGACAGAGUUGAAGAAGAGACAAGGUCAAAAUACAAUCUCUACUCCAAAACUCCAGGAUUUUGUGAUGACAGACCAAAGCCAGGGAAACGUGUCUUAUUUGAACUCAAGCGAUCAAAAGGGGAUUCUGCAGUUGUCCCCUUCACAGGCGUUCCACUUAUGUGGAUUGGGAGUCGAGUCUAUACAUGCCACCUUAGUAAACACAAUUAUAAAUAUGGAGUGAAGCAGCAUAAAGAAGAAUCUGAAGGCAGCUGUGCAAAUAACAAGAAAAAGAAAAGGACUCCAUCCAAGCACAUUGGAUGUCCCGCAACUUUCUCAGUUACUAAAGUGGCAAGGUUUCCAGACUUUGAGGU